GAGGCAGAAGGUGGGACUCUGGGCGGAAGGGGCGGGACGAAGGCGGGUAGGCAUUUCCGGGAGUCAAUUUCGUGGCGGGAAGGACGGGUUGGUUAUUUUCUGAGAAGAUCAAGCCUGCGGCCGCUGCAAUGGAGCAGCGGCAGGAGAGGCCUGUGGCCGGGGCUGAGGCCUGCGGAGAGGAGCGGGGUCUGUCUCAGGCCGCGGAGGAGCGCAUCGAGGACCGCAUCAGCCUGCUGCUCAGGCUGAGAGCACAGACAAAACAACAGCUCUUAGAAUAUAAGUCCAUGAUUGAUGCAAAUGAAGAAAAAACUCCAGAACAGAUUAUUCAAGAAAAACAGAUUGAAUUUAAAAUUGAAAACCUGGAGAAUGAAAUUGAAGAUGUAAAAAGUAAUUUUGAAGUGAAAAGUCUUGCACUGAGCAGGAUGAAACUUUCAGCUGCACUUCAAAAUGACAUGGAGAACUCGGGCCCCGAGAGUAGUGUGCUCACUGAUGACAUGAAGCACAUAUUAAAGCUACAAAAGUUAAUCAUGAAGUCACAGGAGGAGUCUUCAGAACUGGAGAAAAAGCUGCUUGAUGUCAGAAAGAAGAGACUACAAUUAAAACAAGCUUCAAGAACUAAGCUUUUAGAAGUACAAACCGAGAAGAACAAACAGAAAGAGGAUGUGGACAAGAUGGAGAAUUCUGAAAUGAUAAAGACCUUGAAAAAAAAUCUACAGAUGGAGAUAAAGAUUACUACAGUUAUUCAACAUGCAUUCCAGGGCCUUAUUUUGGGGAGUAAAACCAACUGGGCAGAGGAUCCUGCCCUCAGAGAGACUGUGCUGCAGCUGGAGAAGAGUCUCACCACACUAUAAUAGGAAUCCCGUCUUGACAUUUUAAAGUUGGUUUUGUGCCCAAACUGUCAUUUAAAUAGCUGAGUUUAUGAGAAAUGUAAAUAGUGUUUUUGAAACC